AUGAAGUUCCUCAUCGCAUGCAUUACCGCUCUUUCUGCCGGGGCUUAUGCUUUACCCUAUGCCGCUCCUGUAGAUGAGGUGCCGGUGGCCAAACCUGCGGCUUAUAAAGUUUGCGAUGGCGUUGGGAUUCGUGGUACCUUCCCGGCUUGCUGUACGGCCGUGCACCUUGGUUUAAUCUCUCUCAACUGCACACCGCUGUCGAAAAACCCAGCUAGCAAAGAGGAAUUCAAAGAUCACUGCGCGAAGACAGUACCCCAGUGUUGCUGGUUGGAUCCCAAACGUGGCACUAUCAAUUCAGUCUGCCAAAAUCCUAGCGGGUUUUAA